AUGAAAAACGGCAAGAGGGGUCACCAGCAGCUCUACUGGGGCCACCCAAAGAACUGUGGCCAGGGUUCUUGUUUUUGCCGCGUCUGCUCAAACCAGUGUGGUCUGAUGCAGAAAUACGGCCUCCAUAUGAGCUGCCAGUAUUUCCAUCAGUAUGUGGCGGAUACAGGCUUCAUUAAGUUGGAUUAA